UCUAAUGGCUGCGCUGGGACGUUUUCUCCAGCGGCGCGUAGGUCCCUCCUUCCGCUUAUGAAGAGCAGGGUGACGUUUGUCCAGAACUGCAGAGACCACAGGAGGAAGCAGCCGCUGGGUACAGCGAGAAGAACCCCAGUGGUGGCCAUGGUUGACGCGGACCCCACGCUGAGCACGAGUCACUCAUUCUACGACGUAGCCAGGCAUGGCAUCCUGCAGGUGGCAGGGGAAGACCGUUAUGGAAGACGCGUGGUCACCUUUAGCUGCUGCCGGAUGCCGCCCUCACAUGAACUCAACCACCAGCGCCUGUUGGAGUACCUGAAGUUCACGCUGGACCAGCACGUGGAGCAUGACUACACCAUCGUCUACUUCCACUACGGCCUCAACAGCCGUAACAAGCCCUCCUUGAGCUGGCUGCAGAGCGCCUAUAAGGAGUUCGACAGGAAGUACAAGAAGAACCUGAAGGCCCUGUAUGUGGUGCACCCCACCAGCUUCAUCAAGGUCCUGUGGAACCUCUUCCGGCCCCUCAUCAGCCAUAAGUUCGGGAAGAAGGUCACCUACUUCAGCUCGCUGAGAGAGCUCCGCGAGCACCUGCAGUGCGACCAGCUGCCCGUCCCCCUGGAGGUGCUGCGGUACGACGAGAAGCUCCGCAGCCUGCACGAGGGCGGGCCGCCCCCCUCUACCAAGACACCUCCGCCACGGCCACCCCUGCCCACACAGCAGUUCGGUGUCAGCCUGCAAUACCUCAAAGACAAAAAUCAAGGUGAGCUCAUCCCCCCGGUGCUGAGGCUCACCGUGACGUACCUUCGAGAGAAAGGGCUGCACACCGAGGGCCUGUUCCGGAGGUCGGCCAGUGCUCAGACCGUUCGCCUGGUGCAGCGACUCCUGGACCAAGGGAAGCCUGUGAACUUCGACGACUACGGGGAUAUCCACGUCCCGGCUGUGAUCCUGAAGACCUUCCUGCGGGAGCUGCCCCAGCCACUGCUUACCUUCGAGGCCUACGAGCGGGUCAUGGGCAUCACCAAUGUGGAGAGCAGCCUGCGUGUCACCCACUGCCGCCAGAUCCUGCGGAGCCUCCCUGAACACAACUACGCUGUCCUUCGCUACCUCGUGGCCUUCCUGCACGCGGUGUCACAGGAGAGCAUUCUCAACAAAAUGACCAGCUCCAACUUGGCCUGCGUCUUCGGGCUGAACCUGAUCUGGCCGUCCCAGGGCACAUCCUCGCUGAGCGCCCUCCUGCCACUGAACCUGUUCACCGAGCUGCUGAUCGAGUACUACGAGACCAUCUUCAGUGGCCACGAGGGCCCCGGGGAGCGAGCCCUGGGCCCCGCGGACGCCGGCGGACAGGGCAGCCACCACAUCAGAGGGUGUGGGGGCACGGAUCCGCCCCAGCCCUCACCGGGCCUGUCCAGCCUGCGCGUCCCCUGAGGGCAGCUGAGUCACCUCUCUUGCUGCACAUACUCUGUCCAGGUCUAUGCAGCUCGCUGUGCCUCAGUGUGGGUUUUUGCAAACUUGCUCUGUGAAAGUAACCUGCAUUAAAUGAACUCAGACCCUCUGGCA